AUGUUAUUUCUAAAGAAAAAAAAACUCAAGGCUAUUGAUUGCUCCCACUGUAAAUUUAAAUGCUCUAUUAAUUUUGAUGAAAGCUAUAGAAAUGAAGUUUGCAAUAAAUUUUGGGCUUUAGAGUAUAACCGGCAAAAAGAUUUUAUUUUAGCAAAUGUAACGAUAAAAUCUGUAAAACGCCAUGUUCCAAUUACAAAUGUAAGAAAAGCUAAAGAAAGUUCAAGAGUAUACAGUUUUAAUAAUAAUACAGAACAUAACAUUCAAGCGUGUAAACAAUUUUUUUUGAAAACAUUAUCUAUUAGCCAUGGGCCUGUAGAUAAAGCAUUUGAAGGAUUAAGCACAGACACUGGUUUAUUUAUGGAACAUGAUAAAAGAGGCAAAGCGCUAUCGGUAAAUAAAUCUUCAGAUGAAAUUAUAGCUAAUAUUAAUUCACAUAUGGCAAAAUUCCCUACAGUUAAAUCCCAUUUCUGUAGAUCUACAUCUAAACGUCAAUAUUUAGAUCCAAAUUUAUCAAUAUCUAAGAUGUAUGAACUGUAUGUGAAAGAAUGUAAUGAAGCAAGUUAA